AUGGAUCGCGUUCCUCCUGCUCGUGUCUUGCCAAACAACCCUCAUCCUCCUCACCAGCAGUAUAUGGCUCAUCCUGCUCAACUCCCGUCAAUGGUCCAUCGAACUUCUCCUACUGGAUACGUUACCAAUCAGGUUUGGGUAGCCACCCCCGCUCGUGACCAGCGCACCCCCGCGCAAAGGGCCCGAGAAGCUGCGAUUAUGAAUCAGUGCAAUGAAAUGCUUCGCAAUGCAAAUUCUCUGGAUCAAAAUGGCCGUCAGUUGGUUGUAGCUUUUAUGACGGGAAAUAAAUAUAAAAUGACUAUGCUUAAGAUAAACGCCUUGUUUCUUAUCUGA